AUGGCUGGAUUUAUCAAAACGGUAACGUUUAUGGUUUUGGUAUUUGCUGCGGUUGUUUCCGCAGAGGACUACAAGGUUGGUGAUGAUGAAAAAUGGGCGAGACCUUCUGAUCUCGAGUUCUAUAAUACAUGGGCUGCCGGUAAAACUUUCCAAGUAGGCGACGAGCUUGAAUUUGAUUUCGAUGCUCAGAGACAUGAUGUGGCUAUCGUAACAGCAGAUGCAUAUGAAAACUGCGAGAAAGAGACACCUCUCAGCAUCAUAACCACUUCUCCUGCCAAAAUUAUGCUAAACGACACCGGACCAAUUCACUUCAUCUGCACCGUCGCUGACCAUUGCCGUUUUGGUCAAAAACUUACCGUCAUCGUAGGUGAUGAAGGUAGUGGACACAGCGGUGGGGCCAUUGCUACCCCUCCAUCAACAGGAGAGGCAACCCCACCAGCACCUGGUGGUGCUACCAGUCCAAAAUCUGGGGGUGCUACUACUCCAGCACCUGGAGGUGCCACUGCGCCAGGUGCUGGAGGAGCCGCUCCCACUACCCCAGGAGCCGGGACCACGGCACCUACCGGGUCUAAAGAAACAGCUACACCACCUGCGGAUGAAAGUACCGCUUCUUCAUUAGGUGGUGGUGCUUCUUUGUUGGUCGCCUUUGUUUCGGCUGUUGUUGUUGCUCUCUUUUGA